AUGACUUUGAGAGAGUUGUGUGAGAAAAAUAGAAUUAAGGAAUUAAUAGACCGAGUGCGUGAGAGCGACGAGUACCUUGCGAUAGAUGAAAAGGGCAAUUUGUGUUUCUAUUAUUUAACAGUUGCGUUUCCAGAAGCGCCCGUCCUUGCCAACCCAAAUCCGACGUUAUUACGAGCUUACAAACAACGAUUUUUACUCGAGACAGAUGGAGUUUUAAGUUAUUCAACAGGAGAAAUUCCAAUUCACAAAUCGAUCGUCCAACCGUUCUGUUCUGGUCUUCAUCUUGAUACGUCAGAAACAUCAGCAACAGCUUUUGUUGAAUGGUGUUAUUGUGGGACGUCUCUUGCGUUAAUAAGAGCAACGCCAUUCACGUCUGUUCGAAUAUUAGUCGAGCUGUUAAAGUGCCCCCAAGCGCGAAUGUCAUGGAAAUUUUUUGAGUCAUAUUCCCUCUACCUCUCCGCGCAAUUACCCGAUGUCGUGAUAAACUUUUUAGAAGUAUUUGAUAAUGUGGAUAUGAUAGAAGAUCACACGGAAAUGUUUCAAACUCUUUCUAUCCUCUUUUUCUCGACCUUUUCUUACAAUGGGGGGUCAGACUUCUUGGGAGACUUACCAAAGUCGCUCUUAAUAUCAUCCCUCAAAUGUCUUAUUAAGGACGAUAAACACAAAUCUUCACUUUUGCAGUGA